AACACUCACACACAUACUCACAUACACACACGCCUUGCUGAGAGGUGCUGAGAGAGACUGGCCAGCGUCCCGGGGACAGAUUCGCCUGGAGAGGGGCUCUAGGGGUUAGGGAGAGAGAGAGGGAAAGAGGGAAAAGGUGGAGGAAAGAGUGAAGGAUCUUUUUUAUUGACGGUAGAUAGUUUUCGUGUUUGGUAAAAGACUUGUUAAAGUUAAAGAAGUGUGGGAAAAAAACAGCAAGACAAGGAAAGAAGAAAAGUGCGAGUCGGAUUCCCUCUAGUCUUCACUUGUCGGUGUCUGCUGUCAUUCUGGUCUUUUUUUAGUACUUUAUUUUUACCCCAGGACCGACUCGGCCUUCCCACACACCGGCCUGUGUGACUGUGUGUAUGUGUGCGCUUUAGACCUCCAUCUGCAAGCCCACUGGAGAGUGUGUGUGUAAGUUUGUCUGCGUGGACACCUUACACUUGAACCCCGGCCAUGGCUGACACAAACCUCAAGUUGGAUCGCAUAGCCCUCUCCGAAAUCUCGGACGAUGACGAAGAGGUGGUCUUGGUGACGGCCGCAGCCAAAACUUCACUGACCACCCCGGUCACCAACCGCAAAAACACGUCCGAUGAUGAAGACCAAGAGAACCCUCCAAAAGAAGCCAACCUGGUGCUGGGCACAGGCCUGGAGAGCGGUGGAAGCGACGAGGCGCAGAGGUCCGAGGCCCAGGCCGCUGGCAUGAUGGUCCUUUCUCUUCUGGACAAAAUCAUUGGCGUAGUCGACCAGAUCCAGCUCACCCAGAACAGUCUGGAGAGCCGGCAGGAGAACAUGGAGAAGAGCGUGACCAGCAUCACCAGCGAGCUCAACAAGCUGACCAAGAACCACGUCAGCACGGCCCACACGGUCAACAAGCUCCUGGACAAGGUGCGCAAGGUGAACACCAACGUGAAAGGCGUCCGAGCGGACCUGGAUAAGCAGGUCGGUCAGAUCAAGAAGCUGGAGAACAACGAGCACGAGCUGCUCAAGAGGAAAAACUUCAAAGUGCUCAUUUACCAGGAUAAGGAGAAGCAAGUAAAGACCACUGAGAAGGCAGCAAGUGAAGAGGGCGAGCAGGUGCUGAGUGAGGGAGGAGAAGAGGAACGAGGAGAAGAUGAGGAGGUGGAGAUUGAGGAAACUGUGGAGGAAUCUCGGGCAGCCCGCAUCAAGCGCAGCGGCAUGCAGCGCGUGGACGUCAUAAAGAAGGCCUUCAGCAAGGAGCAGAUGGAGAAAACCAGGCAGAGAACCAAGGAGAACCUGGAGAAAACACGUCAGAGAACCAAGGAGAACCUGGAGAAGACACGAUUGAGGACCAGGGAGAAUUUCCAGAAGACCAGGCUGAGCCUGGGGAAGAAGAUGGGCAAACUAGGCACAAAGAUGGCACCCAGCACAGAGCGGAAGGAGAAGCUGCGCGUGUCCCGUGACAAGCUGAAGAAAUCACUCACUCAGAAAUCAGCCAACCACGCGAAACGCCCUAAAAUCACCACCUACCGUGUGCCCCCUUUCACCUUCUACGUGAAGAAGGUCCGCGAGGGUGAGGUGGAGCCUGAGCCGGAGGCUGAGCCUGAGGAAGAGGAGGAGGUGGAGGAGGAGGAGGAGGAGCAGCCAGAGCAAGAGCAGGCCCAGGAGUAUGAGGAUGAAGAGGAAGAGGAGGUGGAGGAGGGCCAGCUGGUCAACCUGAGCCCGGAGAUGGAAGUUGUGCUGGGGGAAUCGAGGCUGGUGGUCCAGGAUAGGGUGCGGCCUGGUGAGAGAGCGAGCCAUUGAAACUGUGAUCCCUUAAAUGUGUGGGGGAAGUAAAGUUAUCUUGUGAUGUAGAAGUUCAUGAAUACGGAGAUGAAUAUGUGAAGGAUCGUGGAAGUAUACCAUUGAGACGAGUUGAAGAGUAGAACUGAUACUGACUGAGGAACAAGACAAGCUACCUUGACAAUAAGAAGAAAUGUAUGUUGACUUGAGGAACAGACUGAACUAUAAUGCUUGUUUUUGAUACCAUGCCCUCAAAAUCAGUUCUCUAGUAUCUUACCUAUUUCCUACCCAGUUGAAUUUGUUUUUGUUUGUUUUACACCAAAUUAAUCAAAAACAAACUAUAUCAUCUUAUUAUAAAGGAGUUAUUGUAUUAGGUGUUUCUAGGAAUCCGAGUACCUACAAGCUAACAAUUCUGGUUUCUAAAAUGUACCAGAAAUAUUGGUUUUGGUUGUCAAAACUUUCUGGGAAUGAUUUUUGUUUUUUGAUUCCCAAAAUGUUCACGAAACUGAUCAUUUUUGGUUGCCCUGUUAUUCUCUGGGAAGGUUUUCUUCACGGAAAUAGAAUAUCACAGUUUUGUUACUCUUCCCCCCUCAUUAAACAAAAUAGAACAUCACCAUGACAUUAUGGAAUGGUUCCCCAAAAGCACCCACAGGGAAACCAAAAUCUAACAUUACAUUACGUAAGUACACACAUAUUUGUUAGCUGGGAUAAUGCUGAUCACAAUCUGAUACAGUAUGAUGUGAUAUUUGUGUUUGUUAGGCUAAUAAUACAGCCAAACAAGUUUGAUAAGAUGUGAUGUUAAUUAACACCAGUAAACACUAGUUAAAUCACUGUUUAUGUAUUUUAGUAGUAUAUAUAAUAAGACUAAACUGGUUCUAAACUGAUAUUUUUUUGUUUGGUAAAAACUUUUAAAAAAAAUUUUAAAAUAAAACCUUUUAGGCUGAAAAUUUUUAGGGUGUCUAAUAUCUUACAAUUCAAUAUGACUGACCUACCUGAUCAAAAGCUGUUACCUGAUCCAUUCAACAAGCCUUUUGAUGAAUAUUUAACCUAAAAGCAACACUAUGGGGUUCAGUCACAAGUUUAGUUCAUCCUUUGAGCCUCCACUGAAGGACAGUUUUUUCUGGAAGAGCUAAGAGAUACAGAACCACCAGAUUGAUAUGGUGCAGUACUGUUACCAGUUUUUACAUAAACAGCUCUGGAAAAAAAUAAGAGACCACUUGAAAAUGAUGAGUUUCUUUGAUUUUACCAAAUUGAAAACCUCAAGAGGAAGAUGGAUGAUAACAAGCCAUCUUAACAAGCUGAACUGCUUGAAAUGUUUGCACCAGGAGUGGCAUGAAGUUAUCCAAAAGCAGUGUGUAAGACUGGUGGAGAAGAGCAUGCCAAGAUGCAUGAAAACUGUGAAUAAAAAACAGGGUUAUUUCACCAAAUAUUGAUUUCUGAACUCUUAAAUCUUUAAGAAUAUGAACUUAUCUUCUUUGCAUUAUUUGAGGUCUGAAAGCUCUGCAUCUUUUUUUUUAUUUCAGCCAUUUCUCAUUUUCUGCAAAUAAAUGCUCUAAAUUAUAAUAUUUUUAUUUGGAAUUUGGAAAAAAUGUUGUCUGUAGUUUAUAGAAUAAAACAACAAUGUUUAUUUUACUCAAACAUAAACCUAUAAAUAGCAAAAUCAGGGAAACUGUGGUCUCUUCAUUUUUUCCAGAGCUGUAGAUAAAUAAUUUAGGUUAUGCAAAGUUACUUAGUUCUCGUAACGGUUGUCUUGUAGUUCAUUAUGAUUUUGCAGCUUAUCUUUUAAGGUAAAAAAAUUUACAUAAUGUUGCUUUAAAGCAGUAGAGAACUUAUGCUAACACUUUAUUUCCAAUCACAUCUAUGGAUGGAGGCUCUUUCAAUCUGGAAUAAAAAUGUGUGAACAAAUGUGUGAUUGCAAAAUAUGAAUGAGUAAAGUUUGAAUGAGUAAAGUUUCCUUGUGAGACUACUAAGGAAUUACUAACACAGCCAUUUCUCUUUAUUCUUGAUAGAUUCAGAAUGAAUGUGUGUCUAUGAAUGUUGUGUUUUCUUCUCUCUCUCUCUCUUUGGACUUGAAAAUGAAGUACAGCAGUAUUGCAGCACUGGAUGGAUAAAAUGGAUGGUGGAUUGUUGGGGUGUCACUGUACAUUUAUCUCAUGUUUGCCACUGAUUUUAAAGCAUAGCUUUUGUUUAAACUUUAUUUUAAAAUAGCAGCCAUAGGCUUCAGACGCUUAAACACACUCUAGUGCUUUAGUGGUUACCCUGUACAUAAAAUAUGUAUGCAUGUUCACAGCUGUCAUGUUCGCACUCUUUGUUUUUCUGUACAUAUAAACACAUUAUUAUAGGGUUAGAAGAGUAAGCCGGGGCCUAUGGGAAACCUUUUUUUUGUUAACACACUGUAUGCAACAAAUGUAUGGUUUUAUUCUGUCAUAAAGAAAUAUACUCUACCACACAUGUCAAAAAUGCAUUUUUUUUUUAUAAUAUGUGUACACUUAGCAUUAGAGCAUUAGAGUUAAAACCACAGAUACAGCUAUGGUCAUGCAAAAAGAAAAAAACAGGACACUCUUUGAAAACCUUUUUUAAACAUAUGUUAAUAAUUAUUUGAUCUUUAAUAUAACAAAAUAAAAACAAAUAAAUAAACAAAAUACUGCUAAUUAUAUUGCUAUUUCUUUGUCUAAGGAGCUAGCAAGCCACACUGCAAAAAAAAAAACAAAUGGCAAAAACUAUGUAAAUUGAGACAUAUUUUUUCUUAGUAAGAUUUCUUAAAAUAAACAAUCGCAAAGUCUCAAAAUGAGUGAAAAGUAAGAUUAAAUCAAGCUAAAAUUACUUAUUCUUUUUGCAUCAACAUUACUUGAUCAGUGACUUUUUGUGCUUAUUUUGGGUUUAAAUAACUUAAAAUAAGGUGGACAUUCUAAAUAAGACUGAUUAGGAUAAUCUCUGUCUCUUAUCAAAGAAAAAAUAUAUGAUUUAUUGCCUUGAAAUGAAAUCAUUUCUCUUGCUAAGAUUUAGUUUUUCGCAGUGUAUGUUUUCUGCAGGUAUGCUUCACCUUGUGCUGUAAAAUGUAUUAUAAAAUUAAAAUUACAACAAGUUUUUUCAAAGGUUUUCAUGACAUUUUUUCAAACAAAAAUACAAUUUAAGAAUAUUUUUUGAACAUUUUUAACAUCCUAGCUGACCAACAAACAAAAAAUUACCUCAGCUGUGCAAGAUUUAAUCAUUAAUUUACCCUGCUAUUCUCACCACACGUUUAGCUAGCUAAUCUAGCUAACCUAGUUAGCUUGCUAAUCACCUCAUUAGUGAAAUUGGAAUCGUAAAUUUACUUAGCUAAACAGUUUAAUUUAAGUCUUUUAAAACUCUAAUUACAUGUGGCCAGCUAACCUAGCUAGCUAGCACAGAGAUAUGCAGUGUGUCUUGGGUAAACAAACAAAAGCUAAAAUAGCUAACGUUAAGCUAGCUAACUAGUAUAGUGAUGUGGCUACAACACAUACCUUUCAGCUGGAAAACAGACAGUUUGUGAAGAGGUAGCUAGUAAACUGAUACUUAGUUAGCAUAAUAAGUGAUGAUAAAUACUUUAUUUAAUUGUAUUUAUGUGAACUUUAUAAGUUAAACUUACCAUUUGUUGUCUCUUCCUGUUGGCUUCCUCACACACUCGCUCCUCAAUCUGUAAACAGAUACAAAUACAAAACUUAAGACAUGCUCUACCAUUGCUGCUGAACAAGGUACUGUUGUCACGAGACUUUAAAUAGUGUCAUUGUUUGGUAUCCACCUUAUUUGGGUUUGGUUCUUCUGCAGUUGGGUUAGAAUUUCCAGACAGUUGAUAUUAAAUGCUUUUUGGUUGUAUCGUAUUUAAAGUAAAUUCAGUCUAAAGUUGCUACUGAUGUGGACUCUGAUGCUGCCUUUAAGUUGUGUCGGAAAUAUUGUAUUUACGAGAUGAGUGCACAUGAAUGCCACCACAAACUCGUGUGGUUGAAUAUGUUAAAUUUAGUUUUCUAUAGACACAGCUCCACAGGACAGAAAAAUGUGAAAUAUAGUAAUAGCUCUGUGUACCGAACUUGAGAAUUAUCCAUACAACAUAGUUAGCUAAGCUAGCUAGCUAGUGUAAAACUGAACCAUUUCAGUAAUUUCUUGAAUAUAUAAUAAAACACUACAAUGAGACAAUGAGAAGCUCUAAUUAUUGAUUAAUUAGCUAACUAGCUAAUUUACCAGCUCAUCUUCUGUGAAAGGUGGUGGAUAAAAGUUAAUUGGAAGACCCCAAUAUUUCUGUGUUGUGUUCAAAGCACUGUUGUUCAGGCAAAAUUCUCCUCUUCUUUUAAUUACUGUGACAAACUAUACUAAUUAUAUUAUAUUACUUAUUCUGUAAGUAAUAUAUUAUUGCUGUGGGUGUAACCUAUAUUGCUGGUCCGUAAACAAUCAUGGCCGCCCCCUUGUCAUCACAUAGAAUAAAUUGGAUAUAUUUGCCAAAUAUUUUCAGAACUUUGUGCCCUGUUUUUACAGUCAUUGCAAAUCUAUUUUGACUCACUUUUCCAAACAAUGUGGCUGUAAUAAUGCAAUACUGAGGUCAUGUCAAUAUAUUUUACAAUACCUUAAUAACACAAUUGCUAUGACUGGCCUUUAACUAAAAACAAACACCUGAAAUAUGUCUUUACUUUUGUAGUUAGUUAAAAAAAAAAAAAGGUUUUCAUUGGGUGUUUUAUUUUUUUUCACAUGACUUCAUAUCGUACUUCAUUCGAUGCUAGGUUACAGCACUGUUUCAUACCAAAACUUCACGAUUAUUUAGCCUUUUUGUUGUGUCAUAAUUUGAAAAUGAUAGUUGCCAUUCACACUGUUUGAACAUUUCGAGAUGAAUGGACCAAUAGGAACGGUCCAAAAAGACCUUAAAAUUUUCUUACAUUUACCUCAUAAAAGAUUUUUCCAAUUCUCCUGUAAAGUUUAUAUAUACUCCAGUGACAGUAUGUUCUUUAUUUGACAGAUGAAGUUAAAUUUAUUUAUGCUUUUUUUUUGUUGUUUAUCACAGUCUUUAUAGGCCGUACACACUGAAUACCAUGGAGUAACUGGAACACAGCUAAUUUAGUUCUGGCCCUAAGCUUUAUGCCUGGAUUUUAUUUCAUUUCCUGUCCGUCUGCCACAAGGAUCACUGUGGUGAGCCUGUCGCCAAGAAUACUGCCCAUGGGCUACGUGCGCGAACCCUGCGUUUGCUGUGGUCCACUCUUACCAAAGGUUUUAUGGCCUUCUGUCACUUCAGUGAGAUAUUUUCUUUUUUUUGGAUAAAUGAAUGGAAGACAUGUACAAUUAAUUAAUUAACCAAAUAAAAAAACCUCUAAUCA